GACGCGCGGCGACGCAACAGUCGCUCGCCGGACUUUGCGCUGGUAACAUCGGUCUGCGGCAUGCGCGCCACGGUGCACGCGUACGCGUCCAGUGCUACGGUCUCGUGAUCUCGCGCUCGCCCGUGUAUAUCGUCCUCUUCUCCCGGCUCCCUCCCCCGGCCCCCCUCCCCCUUCUCAGGAGAGUGUCGGCCACACGGCACCCUUGUACUUCCCGUACGCAGAGGCCAUCGCUUCCGGGAUCCGAUGGACGCACCGCGAUGGAGAUAGGUGACCGGUCAGCGUAGUAGACGACACCAGGUCGUCCCGAUCGACCCGGGCUGCGGGCACGUUCACGAUCGUCCCCUUGUACGAGAAACCGACCGCUCGUUCACGAUGGCCAUGACGGCGUCAACGGAGAAGAUGGACAUGGACAAGGACUUGCCGAAGAAGAAGCUUAUCAACACCAAUCUGCUAUCGCUCAAGUGUCUUUUGUUCAUCUUUUUCGGAGGUAUCGGCUGUCUCUUCCCAUUUCUUCCGCUGCACAUGAUGAAGGCGGGACUGAGCAUCGAGAACAUCAGGUUCGUGUCGAUGGUCUCGCCGGCGAUAGCGAUACUGGGGCCGCUAAUAGCGGGACCGAUCGCCGACAAGCUCGCCGGCUGCCAGAGCAACAAUGACAAAUCGUCGACCGGUCGCUACCUCCGCGUGAUGAUCGCUGUCGCCUGUAUCUUCUCGGCGCUCUUCUACUCGCUGCUGAUGCUGGUGCCCACGGUGGACCGCGCGUUACCGGCCGGCAAGAGCCCGCAACUCAAGUUCAACUGCGAUCGACGCGGCGCGAUGGUGCGACAAGAGAGAUGCCAGAACCGUUUCGGUUGUCAUCGCUGGACCGAUUACGAUAGCGGUGUGGGUGCCAUGCUGCUGGAAAACUGCAACUAUGCCUGCUAUCCGACCAGCUUGCGACGGUGGCAGCUGAUCACACGCACAACGACGUUCCGUAGCAACGUCGACGUCGAGGCUGACCUCUUCGAUGGUAGUGGCGAGACCACCGUCAUACCGUUGAACAGUCAGCUUUAUGCGCAGGUACAGGAGAAUCGUGACGAGACGAAAAAAGUUCGUCGUUACGUCAUCGAGAAUGAACCGCCACAUCUGUGCUACAAGGACGAGGACAAUAAUAUCGUCUGUCACGUUUACACGGAGUACUCCGGCACGCUACCGGUGAACGGUAGCCUCGGACAGGCAUUGAAUCCUGAAAACGAGAAUGAAUGGUGCGCGUAUCCUGUGUUCGAGUAUUUCGCCUGUCGUAUUCCACCCAAGCUGGAAGAUCAGAUGGCUAAGUUUAAUAAAAGUUGCUCCAUAGAAUGCGACCUGGUUGAUCCAUACACUCUCCCGGGUGGCGUGCUGGCGGAAAGCCAAUGCCAACGUACCGGAGAUUGGACGGAAGCGGCGUUCUGGAUGUACCUGUUUGUACGCUCGGUCGCGGAUAUCUUUCCGACAACCGCCGUUGCCCUGAUCGACGCGGCGGUGGUGAUUGCGACCAGGGAGACGUCGUGCGGCCGCGGCGAUGUAGGACGCCAGUUGGCUUUCGGCUCCCUUGGUUUUGCCCUGCUAGGACCACUGAGCGGCUACCUGAGCACCCUGACGUGCGACAUCGGACCGGCUUACUGGUUACCGCUCGUCUUGCACGCCGCAUUAAUGAUCCUCGCGGCUGUUAUCGCUCUGUCGGCGAACGGCAUGCCACUCAGUCCGCCAGAAUGGUGGUGGCACACGAGAAGUGGUAUGCUGGCGUUACCGAUGAGCGCUGUCAAGAGAUACGGCAGCGAGACCGCUGCCUUGGUCUUCGUCCUGCUAGUCAUGGGAACCUUUUGGAGCGCAAUGGACAGCUACCUACCUUUGCAUCUUCUAAGACUAGGAGGCGAUGAACUUUCCAUCGGUGUCGCUAUGACCGUUGGAGCAAUACCUGCGUUUCUGUUCCUCUGGAAGUCGGAACAUCUUGUAGAUUACUGUGGACACAGUAACCUUCUCAUCACUGCCUUCACGGUGUACAUACUCAGGUUCACCGGAUUGAGUUUCGUAUCUGAGCCUUGGUGGUCCCUAAUCUCGGAAGCUUUAGAAGUAUUCACUUUAGGAAUAAUGUGGGUUACUGCCAUUCUCUAUUUGAGACAUUUGGUACCGCGUCAUUUGACCGUGACUGCCCAAGCGCUGCCUGUGAUAGCUCACUUUUGCGUUGGCCGGUGUCUCGGAGCCGUCAUCGGUGCUUAUAUCAAUUUCGGCGAUGAAGACAUCGUACAAUCGUUGAGAUUUGUGUAUCGUUGCAUGGCGGUAGCGGCGGCUAUCGUUGCCGGCCUGUAUUUCGUAUUGUAUCAUGGUUUAUUGAAGCCAAGAUGUCAUGCACAUACCAUCCAGGGUCCUCGUCAACCCCCAACAAUCGUGCAAGCUGCCAUAAGAGAUUACGAACUGACGAUGAAUGGAAAUGGAAAUUACACGCCGCUGAGAGUGUACCAUAAUGGAAUGGGCAGAAAAGGUCAAUUUCGAUACUGAGAAGUUAUCUGUACGAACGAAGAGUUCUAGGAACCAACACUACAACAAUGAUUCCAUAAUGCAACGUAUAUCAUCAAUUGUCAUCAGUGAAUAAAAUGCUGACAAUGUGUGCUCUCAUAUAUUUUCGUUGCAUCACAUCUAUCAUCAAUUUGUUAAUUUAAGCUCGACAUUACUGUUUCUGUUUCUUGACGUUAUUAUUUAAAUGAACCAUUAUCACAAGGAUCACUACUUGCUCAAAUGCGUUCUACGAGCUACAUCAUCAGUUUUUAUAUUUGUAACCAUAAAAAAUAAGUACCAAUGACAGCAACAUAAUGCGAAUUUUUCACGUACUACGUUGCAGUAAUAAAAAAGAGACGUGGAAAAAUCUUUAUGUACAAAACGUCCAAAUGAAAAGCUACAAAUGUCUAAAAUAUUCUUUAAUUUUUAUUUAAAUUUAUUUAUUUUACGAUCGCUGUGUUUAUAAAACUUGAGAGAUACUCGAGAUAUAUAUAAUUAAAAAAUGGACAAUUUUCUUUGGCGAAAUUAUUACAGCAAGACUUACAUGCGUUUACACAUGUAAUAUAAAUUGAAUAAAUAUCAUUAAAAGUAAGAUGUCUAUUUGAUUAGACAAAUGUUACGUUUCUGUGAGUUGAUAUAUAUGUAUACAAAAGAAAUGAAAUAAAAAUGUUGGAGAAAUAA